AACGGCGUCCGCAAUUUCUUUUCUUGUACCCUCUCCGAUGGUACGAGGCCAUUGAAAUUUGAAACCGCUUCGAAACCCUAAAUCCACUUCGCGAUUCCUUCGUCUCAUAUCCUGUCGCUCAAAUCCCUAUCCAGGUCAUGCCAAGUCUACAUCUACGUCCCGAUCUCGUAUCGGUGUCCAUAUGUUUUCCUUACUCGUUGCGAAGAUUCGUCGAACGAGUUACCUGCAGAGAGAAAGAAGAGAUCCGACGAGUGGGUUGAGUUGGCUCGGAGCCUGGAAGGCCAGGACUCGACGCUCGAAGAUCUUCGUCGGGCCUAAUCCGUGGCCAAGGAGUUGUUCUCCUGUUUUGUCGUGCAUCACUCGAAGAUCAUCAAAUACGCUUUGGACGGCAGUUCCCCCCACCACCAAAAAAAAAAAAAAAAAAACGGAUGAUAUGAUCACCUCAGAUUGCAUUCUUGAGAAGGAAGAAAAAGACAAUUGAGAUGAUCGCUUUCUGCGUUCACGCUUCUUGUGGCCAACAUAUAUUCACCAUUGCAGAGUCGUGGGAAGUCAUGGAGGCCAACGUAGCAAGACGCUGGAGCUCUCUGCCUGUGCCUUCUGUUCAAGAAAUGGUCAAGGAGAAGAAAUUCACCACUGUUCCUCCGAGGUACGUACGGUCUGAUCUGGACAAAGCUGAGAUCGAGGAUGAGUUUGGCCCGAAGCUCAAAAUUCCAGUUGUAGACGUCGAGCGCUUGCGCUCUGACACCAUCAUGGACUCUGAACUGGAGAAGCUCGAUUUCGCUUGCAGAGAAUGGGGUUUUUUCCAGCUCGUAAACCAUGGAGUAGACUCAUGUCUCUUGGACAAAGUGAAGGCGGGGAUUCAAGCCCUUUUCAGCCUUCCCAUGGCAGAGAAGAAGAAGCUGUGGCAACCAAACAGUGGUGACAUCGAAGGAUUCGGACAAGCUUUUGUUGUUUCCGAAGAGCAGAAACUUGAUUGGGGCGACCUGUUCUAUCUCACAAUGCAUCCUGUUGGAUUACGUAAAGCUCACUUGUUCUCCGAGCUGCCUCUUCCCUUCAGGGAUACCUUAGAUACGUUCUCUACUGAAGUGAAGGAAAUAGCUAAGUUUCUAGUAGCGAAAAUGGCUAGAGCCCUGAAGAUCAAGCCCGAAGAAAUGGAAGACUUGUUCAACGACGGCUUGUGGCAGUCAAUGAGGAUGAAUUACUACCCACCGUGUCCACAGCCCGAUCAGGUCACCGGUCUAACCCCUCAUUCGGAUUCCAUAGGCCUCACAAUACUUCUACAGGUGAAUGAGGUGGAAGGUCUCCAGAUCAAGAAAGAUGAGAAGUGGGUUUCUGUUAAACCUCUCCCAAAUGCUUUCAUAGUCAACGUCGGGGACAUUACAGAGGUCAUAACCAAUGGUGCGUACCAAUCUGUGGAGCACCAAGCGAUGGUGAACGAUGAGAAAGAGAGGCUUUCUGUCGCGGUGUUUCAUAGUCCAGGCUUUGGUACGGAAAUCGGCCCAGCGAGGAGCCUUGUGGAGAGGCAGAACAAGGCAUUCUUCCGGAGGAUGAGCACUGAAGAUUACUACAAUUGCUUCCUAUCCAGGGAGCUCAAGGGAAAAUCUCAGCUUGAGCUUAUGAGAAUGUAAAGAAAGGGCCCUUGCAAACAAUUAUGCUUUCAUUAAGCUUUUAAAACCCUAAUCUCAGUCUCUCUGCCUUGUGUGAAAGAUAUUGCGGAGAAUCUAAGAAUAUGGUCAUAUGAUGUGAUACUCCCAAGCGUAGAAUCAUUUCAUAUUUACGACAAAA